GUAUACGGUAUACUUAAUCUCCAUUGUUAAGCUGCUUUCGUCCAUAGUCUUUGCUUCCCAUCAUGUCCUCAACAAAUUCCCAUGUCAUAACAUGCAAAGGCAUUGUAAGUUGGGGAAAAGGGGAGCCAUUGAAGGUUGAAGAGAUACAAGUAGAACCACCAAAAUCAUAUGAAGUUCGAGUUAAAAUGCUAUAUGCCAGUGUUUGUCACACUGAUUUAUUGUUUGCCAAUGGAUUCCCAAUUCCUGUUUUUCCUCGAGUAAUGGGUCAUGAAGGUGUGGGGGUGGUGGAGAGCAUUGGAGAGGGAGUGACAGGACUGAGAGAAGGGGACCUUGUGAUUCCGACCCAUGUAGCAGAGUGUAGAACGUGUGAGAAUUGUAUGUCUGAAAAGACCAAUUUAUGCUUAAAAUACCCAAUAAGCUACAAUGGAUUAAUGCUGGAUGGCAGUUCAAGGAUGACCAUCGGAGGUCAAACUGCCUACCAUGCAUUUUCAUGCUCAACAUGGUGCCACUACAUGGUUAUCAACCUCAACUUCCUUCUCAAGAUUGACCCAAAAACUCCACUUCCCGAUGUUACCUUCCUUUCAUGUGGGUUUUCAACCGGAUAUGGGGCUGCUUGGAAGGAACCCAUGCUUCAAAAUGCCUCAUCUGUUGCUGUUUUUGGCCUUGGACCUGUUGGCUUGGGGGCCAUCAAGGGAGCCAAAAGUCAAGGUGCUAUUAAAGUAAUUGGCAUAGACAAGAACCCAAUGAAAGAAGCAAAGGGGCAAGCAUUUGGAAUGACGGAUUUCAUAAAUCCCGAGCAAUCUGAUAAACCUAUUGCCGAAUUAGUGAAGGAUUUAACAGGUGGAAUGGGCGUUGAUUAUAGCUUAGAAUGCACAGGGGUUCCACCCCUCAUCAAUCAAGCCAUUCUAUCCACAAAACUGGGAACAGGAAAAAUCAUACAAAUAGGAGUACCAGAAGAGGCAAAUGUAAACAUAAACAUCUUAGAGCUUUUAUUUGGAAGAACAUUGAAGGGGUCAAUUUUUGGAGGGCUCAAACCCAAAACCGACCUUCCAAUUAUAUUUGAAAAAUGUAAAAACAGGGAAAUCCAGCUUGAUGAACUUAAGAGUCAUGAGAUUAAGCUGGAAGACGCAAACAAAGUUUCUGAGUUGUUGAAGCAACCAGAUUGCGUCAAGAUUUUGAUCAACAUUUGACUCCUCUUACUCAUGUUUACCACAUAAAUGAAGCAACGCCAUGUUUAAAUUGCUAUUUCUUUCUUUUUCUAUGUUUACUUGCUAAUAACUUGAUCGCCUGGUGGCAAAAGUAUUUGUAUUGUGGCAUAAGACCUUGAGUUUAAUAGUUUAAUAAAGUCGUUUGUCUUCAGUCUCUCUUAAUUUUAAAAUUGAGUAAAUUAACUCCUCUCAAAAAA